UUUGUUGAUAGUACGAAACGAGGAGAGGCAGAGGGUGGUGUACGAAUGAGGAGAGCAUAGCAGCUGUGCCCCGAGCGGUUUGUGAAGUCCAGCACCCGGCUCCUGCCACGGUUUCUUGUCACGCCCUCGUCACGCCCUUGUUUCUGUGCUGCUGGUGAGAAUGGCUGAAGACGCUGGAGCAACUGUGUUGUCUGGGAAGGAGGUGGCUCAGGAUGUCCGGAACAAGUUAAAACAGCAAGUGGAGACUCUCCGACAAGAGCUUCCAGGGUUUGCUCCUGGAUUGGCAAUUGUGCAGGUUGGGGGUCGUGAAGACAGUAAUGUCUAUAUCCGGAUGAAAGUAAAGGCUGCUGAAGAAAUUGGAAUAAAAGCACAGCACAUCAAAUUUCCCCGUACUAUUACCCAGUCACAGCUUGUUCAAGAGGUGAAGAAGCUUAACAAUGAUCCCACUAUCCAUGGAAUAAUUGUCCAAAUGCCGUUGGACUCUGAAAAGGAUAUAGAUUCAGAUUUGGUGCUGGACACCGUCUCGCCAGACAAAGAUGUCGAUGGACUGACAACGGCAAGUGCAGGACGUCUGUCCCAUGGGAUGCUCAACAGUGGCUUCAUGCCUUGCACUCCAAAUGGAUGCAUGGAACUCAUCCGCAGAUCAGGAGCCAAGAUACAAGGAGCAACUGCAGUUGUAUUGGGCCGCAGUAAAAUUGUUGGUACACCAAUGGCAGAGCUGUUAAAAUGGCACCAUGCGACUGUCACUACCUGCCACUCCCGUACUGCUGACCUUCCUGCUGUGACAGCGACUGCUGAUAUUUUGGUGGUGGGAAUUGGUCGACCAGAAUUUGUGAAAGGAUCUUGGAUAAAGCCUGGAGCUGUGGUGAUUGACUGUGGAAUUAAUUCUAUUCCUGAUUCAACUAAGAAGUCUGGAUCUCGACUAGUUGGAGAUGUGGCAUAUGAAGAAGCUAUGAAGGUGGCAUCAGUAAUCACACCAGUGCCUGGAGGUGUGGGCCCUAUGACUGUAGCUAUGCUGAUGCAAAACACUGUUAUCUCAGCUCAGAAGGCAGCUUCUCAGAUGCAAGCGUCCAAGUGGAAGAUUGAAUAUUUACCACUGGAAAUCCUUGAAAAAGUUCCAAGCGACAUUGAAGUGGCUCGAGCUCAGACACCUAAGGAUGUUGCAGAACUUGCCGAGGAAAUUGGACUACUAAGUUCAGAAGUAAAUCUUUAUGGAAAAAAGAAAGCCAAGGUGUCAUUGUCAGUUUUACAACGCCUUGCAUCUCAGAAAGAUGGAAGAUAUGUUGUAGUGGCUGGAAUAACCCCAACUCCAUUGGGUGAAGGGAAAAGCACUACCACUGUGGGUUUGUCACAAGCACUAGGGGCCCAUCUGAAGAGAAAUGUAUUUGCUUGUGUACGACAACCAUCACAAGGGCCUACAUUUGGCAUAAAGGGUGGUGCAGCAGGUGGAGGAUAUUCACAGGUAAUCCCCAUGGAUGAGUUUAACCUACACCUUACUGGGGAUAUCCAUGCCAUCACAGCAGCGCACAACCUAUUAGCUGCCCAGAUUGAUGCCAGAAUGUUCCACGAGUCUACCCAAAGUGAUCAAGGCUUGUAUAGCAGACUGGUUCCAACAAUUAAAGGUGUUCGUCAGUUCUCGCCCAUCCAGUUGAAUCGCUUGAAGAAACUAGGCAUUGUGGAAUCAGAUCCUGACAAGUUGAGUGAAGAGGAGAUUAGCAAGUUUGUUCGUUUAAAUAUUGAUCCAUCUACCAUCACUUGGCAACGAGUUAUGGAUACAAACGACCGAUUCCUACGAAAGAUAACUAUUGGCCAGAGCCCCACAGAAAAGGGCCAAACCAGAGAAUGCCAAUUUGACCUUACAGUGGCAAGUGAGAUCAUGGCUAUCUUGGCUUUGACAACCUCUUUGGCAGACAUGAGGGAACGAUUGGGAAAAAUGGUGGUUGCCUCGGAUAAGUCUGGCAAUCCUGUUACUGCCGAGGAUCUAGGGGCAAGUGGUGCACUGACUGUACUCAUGAAAGAUGCCAUUGAGCCAAACCUGAUGCAGACCUUGGAGGGCACACCAGUCUUUGUACAUGCUGGACCAUUUGCCAACAUUGCUCAUGGAAAUUCCUCCAUCUUGGCUGAUAAAAUUGCCCUCAAGUUGGUUGGUGAAGAAGGAUUUGUGGUGACAGAAGCUGGAUUUGGCGCUGAUAUUGGAAUGGAAAAAUUCUUCAACAUUAAGUGCCGAUACUCUGGCUUGGUGCCUAAUGCAGUGGUUCUGGUGGCCACAGUUCGUGCUCUCAAGAUGCAUGGUGGUGGGCGCGCUGUUGUACCUGGUGUUCCUCUUCCAUCUGAUUACACUGAAGAAAACCUAAGUUUGGUUGAAGGUGGUUUUAGCAACUUGAAGAAACAGAUUGAGAAUGGCAAAAUAUUUGGUGUUCCAGUUGUGGUUGCUAUAAAUUCCUUUGUGACUGACACAGAAGCUGAAUUAAAUCUUGUGAAGGAGCUUGCAAUUGGUGCGGGUGCUGUUGAUGCUGUCAUUUGCAACCAUUGGGCCAAGGGAGGAGCUGGAGCUGUCAGGCUGGCUGAAGCUGUUGUUGCUGCUUCAAACCAGCCUUCAGAUUUCAAGUUUCUGUAUAAUUUGACUUCAUCCAUUGAAGAUAAAAUACGUACCAUUGCCCAAAAGAUAUAUGGAGCUGAUGAUAUAGAAAUCCAACCCGAGGCACAAGAGCAGAUAAACAGAUACAAAAAACAGGGUUUCAAUGACCUUCCUAUAUGCAUGGCCAAGACUCACUUGUCGUUAACCUCUGAUCCAAGUAAGAAGGGAGCACCUACGGGCUUCACCAUUCCUGUAAGGGAUGUUCGAGCUUCAGUUGGAGCUGGCUUUAUUUACCCUCUUGUGGGAACGAAGGAGUCAGGUCAAGUCCCGCGUCCACCUUCGCUGGCUCGUGGCUUACACUGGCUGCGACGCCUCACACCAAAGUGAGGCCCAAGUUGAGAUGUGAGAUGAGUACAAUGCCAGGUUUGCCCACGCGUCCCUGCAUUUAUGAUAUCGACCUCGACUUGGAGAAGGAAUUGGUACAAGGGUUAUUUUAAAGAAUUUUGCAAUAUUUUUCCCCUAAGUGCUUUGUGACCAUAAUUGGUUAGAAGAGGCUGUGUACGUUGCCUAGCAGCUUAUAUGAUGCUGUGUAUUGUUGCUCAUCUUGCUUAUAAGGGCUGUCUUGUUGCUCAUCUUGCCAAUAGGUAAAGUGUGAUUUAUAUUUUGGCAACUGGGAUGGGUUUGUUAUUAAUUGAAGUGUGAAGGAUGGGUUAGGGGGAAGAGUUAACCUGUUCCUGGCCACAUGAAAUUUGUUGUGUAAUAUUUUUUAGUUAUACUGUAUAUCUAGAAAUUGUGGUUCCAUAAAUGUAGUUUUGAGUAUACAGUAUUUUAAAUUUUGGGGAAUAUACAUGAAUUUGUUACAUAUUUUUGUAAAAUUGUUAAAUACAUUAAUAAAGAAAGUA